AUGAGGGAAGCCAACACCAUACCACUAACUCCAAACCUAGCCAAAGCUUUCAUCCCCCAGAAGUGUCCCAUACCAGCGUUCGAAUGUUACGAUGGAUGCAGCGACCCUGCGGCCCACCUUCGGUACUAUAAUCGUAUGUUUCCUCGAUGGGAUCAAGACGACGUGGUCCUCUGCAGAUACUUCCCUUUAAGUCUGAAAGGGUCAGCACUAUCCUGGUUCGAUAACCUACCACCAAACUCCAUCGACUCUUACAGCCAGCUCACCGAGAAAUUCCUGAGAACUUACAUGUACAACAAGGCCGUCAACACAGGAAUGGAUAAUCUUUUCUCGCUGGAAAUCGCAUACAAAGAAACCAUCAGAGAGUAUACAGAUAGAUGGCAUAGAAUCUGCGAAGCAAUAGGGAAGGUGGAUCCGGUGGUCAUCAUCAACUGUUACAAAUGGGGAUUAGAUAGGAUGAGCCCGUUGUUUGUCGAGAUCCCUGUAAGUGUACCCACAACCGAAGGAGAUAUUCGAGUCAUCAUCGAGAAACACGCCCGGUUGGAGGAAAUUCAGCGAGAAAAUCCGAGGUCCCAAACACAGAGAUCUCAUCGGACCAACUCAGUUGAACAAGCCAUCGGAUCCAGAAGGGGUAAUUCAACGGAACUUCCCAACAAAGAUAGAAGAGGACGAAGGGACGAUCGACGGCGUGAUGAUCGAAAAUUCGAAGACCAAAUCUUCACGAAGCUUAACACCAACUACACUCGCAUCCUAAGGGAGAUUAAGGAUCGAGAGAACUUAGAAUGGCCUUGGUCCAAAGGAAAGCAACCACCACGAUCCGAGAAGUCUAGAGACUAUUGUGAAUACCACUGCUUCAACGGACACCAGACUGAAAAGUGCAAGAACCUCAAGAUAAUGAUCCAGAAACUGAUUGACGUCGGUGACCUCAAGCAGUACGUUCAAAAGAUAGGAAAGAGAUUAAGAAAGAAAUUCGAGGAUUACUGCAAACUGUACAAAGUCGACGGGGUCGAAGUUGAUGAGCACGAAGAAUGGAUGAACGCAUUAAUAACAUUCGAGGCUGAGGAUAUCGAAGAUGACAUGGAAGAUCACAACGACCCCUUGGUUCUCACAUUACCCAUCGCAUGGUGCAAUAUCAGGAAGGUCCUUAUCUAUGGAGGGAACUCGUUCAAUGUACUGUUCUAUGACACGUUCAAACGAAUGGAGCUGAAUGACGAGCAGUUGAUGUCGUCAUACUACACCAUAUACGGAUUCAAUGGGAGCCCGACGAAGCCGUUGGGAGACAUUGUGUUACAAGUAAACGCAGGACCAAUGAAGGUUGAUACACGAUUUAGCGUAGUGGACGCUCCCUCUCCUUACAAUGCCAUCAUCGGCAGAAGAUGGGUACACAAGCUCAAAGGAGUAGCAACAGCCUAUCAUCAGUACCUUAGAUUUCCAACACCCGAAGGGGUAAUGGAAAUAAAGGGAGAUCAGGUCACCGCUCGAGAAUGUCAGGCUAUACAAAAUCAUCUCAAUAACUAG